GAGGGGUUGGCUGUCGCGCAAGAGUUGCUGUGUGAUCGAUAUGCAGAGUGCAGUGCUCUAACCGGCGAGCUGUGUAGGGAGGUGCUGGAGGAUGUGGCGAAGACCUGUGCAAAGACCACGACGGUGAAAGGCGCGAAAUCCGCGGGCGCAAACUGUUUGGUGAUGUAGGGAGGCGGCUUUCACCAGCUGGAGAUUCCUGGCUCACCUUCACACCUUUUCCUUGGGGUAUAAAAUCCUUGGAUCCGUCGUCCAUUGAGCCUCAGCUGCAACCUCACAGACCCAACCUCACAUAUCGUGGCUGUCGCCAUGCGGGAAAUCAGGCAGUUGAAAUAUCGAAACUUCAACAGCACUAUCAGACUGUACCAUUUCUCCGCCCAUCGCAUAACGCUUGCCGAGUUCAAACGCUCGUGGGCGGCUAGACAUAAGUACUACAGUCACAGCGGCAUUGUCGACGAUACAUUCAAGAAUGAUCCUGUCACAGAAGGAGAUGAGAUCCCUCCCGGAUGUCUCGAGGUUGCCUACCUACCUCGUGUGUUCCAAAACGGGGGCAGCGCCAUUGGGAUACGUUCCGCAAAUAGCAUCCACUGGUUUUGCUUCCGCAAGUCGGCUAACAGCUUGAUUGACAACGCCAUUGACCUCCAUUCUGAGCCUCUUUUCGACAUGGUCGCCUCCGUUGAGAAGAACCCGGAAGAUUACUACGGCUCAGAGCACUGGCGAUGGUAUGAAAGUCUCAGAGCCUGUCAAGAAGCGCAUAUGGGGCAGGUUUGUGAGAAGUAACGCAGAUGCAUUGUGGAGUGAACUGACCCUAGGGGCAAGGCUGGAAGGGCCAAACGUCGUUAGAUGCGAUGAGUGAGCCUGUGCAUCUCUCCAUCAAACUGGAGAUGAGGCGCUUAAACUGAGUU